GGAAGUCAGGAAAGAAGACCACAUAGACCGGUGACGUGCUUCAAUUGCAACAAGCAAGGGCACUAUGCGCGCAAGUCGUCCAUCAACGUCGAUCGACUCAAGGAGAUCACGCUCCCCUCGAAGAUAUGAACCAAAAAGGUACUCGCCACCGCGGAAGGAGGCUGAGCUGCGGGAGAAGGUCGUGGAACUGUCGAAAGGGGUUGCCUCCAUUAAAGAGCACUUUGACGUGGAAAGAGCGAAGAAAGAAGAAAAAGGUCGGAGGAAAUGGGAGAAGGAACAGGAGAAGGAGGAAGCGAGACGAAGGGAGGAAGAGGAAGAAACACAACGAGCAGCAGAAGCCGCCAGACAGGAAGCUAAGAACAAGAAGAAAGACGAGAAGGAGAAGCAGGAUGCGCUGCUUCGAGCCGAAAUGAAGAAGGAUGCCACGUUGCACGCGGCGAUGAUGAUGAGCGAGAUAAAAGACGACUGGCUACACCAAUGGAAGACUUUGAUGUUACCAAUGCUAAAAGGCGGUAUCAAGGAGGACAAAGAGAAAAAGAAGGUGGAGUUUCUUUCGGAGGAGGAAGAGGAAUCCGAGUAUGGCAGUGAGAAAAGCAAAACGAGUGUGAUGCAAGAACUGAGCGAGAAGGCGGGAAAGUUGUGCAUAACGGAGAAAAGGAAGAGAGAAGACGAUGUAGUUUUGGAUGACAGUCUGCCAAUGGAAUUACCAGCCAAGAGGACGCCACAUUGGAAUAUCUUGAGGAUGGGAGAACUGAGUACUAGGGUGACGAGGUCCAAAUCGAAGACGAAGGGGGCAUGCACGCCCAUCACAACAAGGAGGAAGACACCAGUGAAGACCCCGUUAGCCAAGGUGGUGAAAUCGAACAAGAAGAGAUCCCCUCCGAGCGGAAGGUUGACACCCGCCAGCAAAGCACUGGCCAAGCUGAGGUAUCGUGACGCCAUCAUUAAGGAGCUGAAGGAGUGCAAUGCGGAUGAACUACAACGAAUCUGCCGAGAAGGCGGCCUGCAUUAGGAGGGGAAGUUGGAUGCGAUCUUCGACAUAGCUGAGCACAGAGCAAAGCAAUA